ACCACACUCACUUGUUCUGGGAGGAGCCUCAGCCAGCCCUUUGCUGGCUAGUAAACUCAUGCCCAUGAAGGUUCUGCUUCAUCUUGUACCUUGGACGCUCCAGGAGAACCAGAUUUUUUCACAGUGGUGUCAUGAACAAGGACUUUGUCUUCCAUGGCGGUAGGGCAGGGACCAUGGAGUGUGAAUAACAGCCUCAGCCUUCUAUGUUUUUCACUGAACUGGAAUAUUAAAGAGCCUAGCCCACAUGGCAUGGGCGCUAGGUGGGCCCUAAACAACUCACCAGCUCUGGGCUUGGCUGUAGCCAGCAAAAGCAUUGAGACCUAAAGUCUCUUUCUUCCCCUGCCACUCACCACACCCCAGGAGAAUCCGAUAGUGUUUUCUGAAACCAAACGGGGCAUCUUUGCUAAUUUCCUCUUCCCCUGGCAGGGGUCAAGGAGGAAUACACCUCCCAGGGAAAAGCAGAGUAUACCAUGAGCAGCUUUGUGCGCAGAAGGGCAACCACGCCCCUCCACCCAGGGCCCGCCUUGGAGCGGUUGUCGCCUGCCGGGAGUGAGGGGAGGCAUCCUGGUAUGUGCCUCUCCCUUCUUCCCUUGCAGCUAAAACCUCGCCAGCUAGGAGGAUAGGCGGGGAAGGCUGCAAAAGGUGGGUGGGAGCCUCCGGUCCAAGGUUGGAAGGCGAGAAGAUGGCUAGACUAGAAUUUAAGUGACUAGGCAGACAAGAGUAGGUGGGGUAACUGUAACCCCAGCACUGGCCGGAGGUCCUGGAGUCCUCGCCUCUGGGUUGGGGGCUGAACCUGCUGAGCCGGGCCACCCCCUCUCCUACACCCACUUCCAGCACCGGGAGCCCGACCUAUCCGCUCUUGUCUCCGCCUCCUUUGCUACACUCGCAGCUCGUCCCAGCCUGCACCGGCCCAGUACUCGGCUGCCGGUUGGAUCGCACUACCUUCCCUGCCCGGCUCUGGAGGGCGGCCCGCAAGCCAUGGAGGUGCUGGUCCUGGCCGGAUACCGCGCGCAGAAGGAGGGCGAGCUGAGUUUGGCGCCCGGGGACGUGGAGAUCCCGGAGACACUGCGUGGCGCGGGGGAGGCCCCGGAACCACGCUGUGCGCGCCGCCGAGGUCGCCUCGCCAAAUCUCGGGGUCCCCAAAGAUGGUGCAAAGUGAACUUCAACUAUAACCCAGAGCAGGCGGACGAGCUGAAGUUACAAGCUGGGGAUAUUGUGGAAGUGAUAAAGGAGAUUGAGGACGGCUGGUGGCUGGGGAAGAAGAACGGGCAGCUGGGAGCCUUCCCGUCCAACUUUGUGGAGUUGCUGGACAGUGGGCCCCCAAGCCUUGGUAACUCAGACAUGCCAUCAGUCAGCCCUGAGCCCCAGCGGCCUCCCAAGCUGAGCAGCCUGACCUAUGACAGCCCUCCAGACUACCUGCGGACAGUCUCCUGCCCGGAGACCUAUAGGGUCCUGUUUGACUACCACCCUGAGGCCCCAGAUGAGUUGGCACUGCGAAGGGGGGACGUGGUGAAAGUACUGAGGAAGACCACAGAGGAUAUGGGCUGGUGGGAAGGAGAGUCUCAAGGCAGAAGAGGAGUUUUCCCAGACAACUUUGUGCUCCCACCACCCCCAAUCAAGAAGCUGGCCCCACGAAAAGUAGUAUCCCAAGAAUCAGCUCCUAUUAAGGAACCAAAAAAGAUGAUGACCAAAACAGCCCUCCCUACAGUCAAGAAGCUGAUGACAGCCCCUACUGGGCACAGCAAAGCCAAGCCAUCUCGGAGUCCUGGUGGAGACGGUCAGAAGCGCCCUUCCCGAGACCCUGGCUCCAAUGGCAGCCUCCUCAGCGGGGGUCCAGGCCACCCUGGCAGAAAGCGAUCCAGAACCCAGGCUUCCCGGCAACGCUCUGCAACCAGUCAGGAGGAGCGGAGCAGCCGAGCAAAAGCCUCUGUGAAUAAAACCCCUACUCUGGGCAAGACCCCUAACCCACGGAAGAUUUCUUCUCCGGAAAAGGCCCCCAGCCCAGAGGAAAUCCUGACUUCAGAUAAGACCCCCACCCCAGAAGAGACCCCAACUUUGGAGGACAAAGCCCGCAGCCCAGACAGGGUGGUUUUAGUGGAUCAGGUCCCUGCCCCAGGUGAACCACGUGAAGAUGAAGUCCCUGGCCCAAAGGUGGCCCCUUCUGGGGACAAGGCCUCCACCCCACAAAAGGCCUUGACCCAGAAGCAGAUGCUCUCUGAAGAGGCCUCCACUGGGGACGACACUCAGCUCCAUCCUUUUUUUCUGGAGGCAGCCCUGCCCAAGGGCAAGUCUCUUCUGGUUAAUAAGGCUCAAUCCCGAAAGCAGGUCCACAUACCAGAGGAACCCCACCUCAGCAAGAGGAGACACACCCUGGAUAAGAGGGACAGCUCCGCACUCCAGUCUGAGGCUAAGCCAGGGUUCAGGCCUGCCCUUGAGAGGGCGCAUCCCCCAAAUGAGGCCCCCACCCUACUGGAGGAGGCACUUGCAAAGGAUGAGAGUACCCCCAAAGAGGAGGUACCCCUCAAAGAAGUAGCCCCUGCUGAAAAGAAUCUACAUCUUAUCACGCCGACUCCAGACCCUCAAGAAACUCCCGCCCUCCAUUCACUGGUCCCGCAAAGUCCUACGGACAGCAGAAGUGACCGAGAUGACAUAAUGAGGCUGCAGGACCAGGUGGAGUCUUUAAGGAGGGCGCUGGAACUGAUGGGAGCGCAGCUGGAAAGGAAGUUGACCGAUAUCUGGGAGGAGCUGAAGAGCGAGAGGGAGAAGCGCCUGUUGCUGGAGGUUCAAAUGAAGCGGAGGACCCUGGAGUCCUGGAGUCGGGACUCCAGCCACGCGCAGACGCAGACGCAGACGCAGUGAGGGAGGGCCGGGGAGGGACUAUGGCGGGGCCUGGAGGGGAGUCUGGCUCUGGCCACCCUUGUCCUUGCGCACGGGACUUUCAGAAACCCAAGAAAGUAAACUGCGGUGUAAGCACGCAGCGCCUGCCUGGUCCGUGCGGGGGCGGGGCCUGUGCAGCAGGGGCGGGGCUGGGCUGGCGCCCCCGGCGCUCCGCAUUCCUGGCGGUCUCUCCCGGGCACAUCUGGCCAACAUGUGGCUCCCAUUACAGUUCCCAAGGCUUGCGUGCGCGGCUAUUUUUACCCACCGGAUGGCGGGGGUGGGGGUGGGGGCGUCUCCUUCCGACGCCAGACUGCAGGAGGGGCCCAGGCGGACCGGGCUCUGCCUUCCGCCUGGAUUCCGGAAUCCAGCUGUGCGCCAGAGGGGCCAGGGGGCCCCGCUUUAGCGUCCGAGCCCAGACCCUUCCCAGGUGGCCACACUGUCCUCUCGGGAAGACUCACAGGAACGCACCUCGGACCAGACACCAAUUCCACAGCCCAGCUCAGGCACACAUGGUUGCCCUGGGGCUAAUAGCGCCUUAGCGACAAGGUCAGGGUUCUGAGGACGCGUGUGUGUGUGAGAAUGCAGUGAUGCGUGAACCCAGGGCAUUGGUAGGGACAGGGUGACAUGUGCCCAGGUGUUUGCCAGUAAGGAAUGCAUUUGUGGGUAAGGAAUGCGAGUGAUACUUCUGUAUGAGACUGGUGAGGUGGUAGAGUGUGUUUUUGCCAUC